CGAUUGUUGAAGGUAGCCCUUGGACCAAUGUCUUUUAUUAUUAGAUUAGCCAAUGUUCAUGGAUGUCAUUCUAAGUUUCUAACGGCACCGCCCAAAUCCCGCAUUUCUAAACCCUGGCGAAAACCUCCCUUCUCCUUCUACUCUUGCCCCGGCUCGAACACUGACUCAUUCCCCGCAAAAACGAUGAUACCCUCCUCCGCCCGCCUCCGUCCCCUCCUCCACUCCCUCCUUCGUUCCACCCCUAAAGCCUGCCCCUUCUCCACCGCCGUCUCCUCCGACUCUGAUCUCCCACUCCCCACUUCUCCGCCAACAGAAGAAUCCAUCCUUUAUGUCCUCAAGAAGCUCGACAAAAAGCCCCAAAAGGCCUUGUCCUUCUUCAACUGCGUCACCUCCCAGUAUGGCUUCAAGCCCGCCCACCCCACCUACAAUCUCAUGCUCCGCAUCCUCGGCCACAAGGACUCCGUCAAGGAUUUCUGGGCGUUCCUCAAGACCAUGGACCACGCCGGCCACACCAUCGACCGCAGCACCUACGUUACCCUCCUCGCCAACUUCAAGAAGCACAAGAUGGCCGCCGAGUCGUCGGCGUUAAGCCAAUUCUAUGCCCAAACCAUGGCGAAGGCCGCCUCCGAUACCGCCAUCGAUUCCGCCGUCAAAAUCAUUCUCGGUGCCGAGGAAUGGAAUGAGGUGGCGGAGAAGAAGUUGCAGGACCUCGAUCUAUCAUUGUCGGAGGUCGUGGUUGCGAAGGUCCUUCAAGAAUUGCGAGAUUGCCCUUCAAAGGCACGGGCUUUUUUCCGGUGGGUGGGGCAGAGGCCAAGGUAUAAGCAUGGGUCGGCGGCAUACAAUGCUAUGGCUCGGGUACUCGGGCAGCGUGAUUCUAUUGGAGAAUUCUGGAGCUUGGUUCAGGAGAUGAAGGGAGAGGGGCACGAGAUGGAUAUCGACACGUAUAUAAAGCUCUCAAGGCGGUUCCAGAAGACGAAGAUGAUGAGGGAAGCAGUGGAGCUUUAUGAAUUCAUGAUGGAUGGCCCCUACAAGCCAGCAAUUCAGGACUGCGGCAUGCUUCUGAGGCAGAUUGCACUGAGUGGAACGCCGGAUCUCGAGUUGGUUUUUAGAGUUGUGAGGAAGUAUGAGGCUGCUGGGUAUUCGCUGUCGAAGGUUGUCUAUGAUGGGAUUCAUAGGUCACUGACCAGCAUUGGGAUGUUCGAUGAAGCUGACGAGAUCUUGAAAAAGAUGAAGCUUGCAGGUUAUGAACCGGAUAACAUAACUUAUAGCCAGUUGGUCUAUGGUCUCUGUAAGGCUAAGAGAUUGGAUGAGGCUGGCAAGGUUUUGGAUGAGAUGGAAGCGGGUGGCUGCAUUCCUGACCUCAAGACCUGGACAGUUUUGAUUCAAGGGCAUUGUUCGGCCGGUGAGGUGGAUAAGGCCUUAGAGUUAUUGACAAAGAUGAUUGAGAAAAAUUGUGAAGCAGAUGCUGAUGUUCUGGAUGUCUUGGUGAAAGGUUUUUGUAGUAAGAGAAGGGUGGAUGCCGCCUACAUUUUGGUUGUUGAAAUGGUGGAGAGUGCCCAUAUAAGGCCUUGGCAAGCGACUUAUAAGUAUUUGAUCCAAGAACUACUGAGUGUAAGAAUGCUUGAAGAGGCAUUGAAGCUUCUCAGUACAAUGAAGAGCCAUAAGUUUCCUCCUUUUGCAGAUCCUUUUCCUCCCCAUAUAGCCAAAUAUGGGACAAUUGAAGAUGCUAGAGAUUUUCUGAAAGCAUUGACUUUGAACGACUACCCAUCAUCUACGGCCUAUUUACACAUCUUCAAGUCCUUCUUCCAGGAAGGCAGGUAUUCUGAGGCUCAAGAUUUACUUUUUAAAUGCCCUCACCAUAUCCGUAAGCAUGGUGAAAUCUCUAAGCUCUUUGGUUCUAUUAAAGCUGGGAAGGCUGCUUGAAUUUACCGUUACAAGAAGUCAUGAAGGCCUUGCAAAUGCCAAUUUUAGGCAUUGAUGAAUUUCAUUGUCAUGCAAAAUCAUAUGUUCAGACUAGUGUUACAACCCGUGUUUACCUAGCAUAAUAUAUUGUUUUAUUGGUGAAUUGCGGAUGAACUUGUAGCCGUUUAAUCUUAUUAUUUGGUAAAAUUUGGAUAUAGUUUUCCCAUAAUGAUCAUUCUGCUUGCCCU